AUGGGGUUUUCUAUCAUAUUCAAGCUUAUUAUUUUGGUUUUGAUUUCAUGUUGGGUUCUUGAAAUCGUUGAUGGGUAUUAUCUUCCUGGCAGUUUCCCCAAUAGAUACUACGUGGGUGAUCAAUUAUCCGUCAAAGUUAACUCGUUAACCUCCAUAGAUACAGAAAUACCAUAUGGGUAUUACACUUUGCAUUUCUGUAAACCUUCUGAAGGCAUUAAAGAUAGUGCUGAAAACCUAGGUGAACUUCUAAUGGGAGAUCGAAUCGAAAACUCCCCAUAUCGGUUCAACAUGUUCAAAAACGAAUCCGAAAUCUUUUUAUGCAAAACAAAUCCGUUAUCUAGCAACGAAUUCAAGAUGUUGAAAAAAUGA